AUGGGUUUGGAGCCAUUGGAGCCGUAACUGUAGAGCUCUAACGCUAGAAAGCUGUGCACCCGCCAUGCCGGAGCUGACUUCCAAGGGUACGACCAUUUCCAAGAAAGGCUUCAAAAAAGCUGUAACCAAAACCCAGAAGAAGGAAGGCAAGAAGCGUAAGCGAUGCCGCAAGGAGAGCUAUUCCAUUUACAUCUACAAGGUGCUGAAGCAGGUGCACCCCGACACCGGCAUCUCGUCCAAGGCCAUGAGCAUCAUGAACUCUUUCGUCACUGACAUCUUCGAGCGCAUCGCCGGAGAGGCGUCGCGCCUGGCGCAUUACAACAAACGCUCGACCAUCACGUCCCGGGAGAUCCAGACGGCCGUGCGCCUGCUGCUGCCCGGGGAGCUGGCCAAGCACGCCGUGUCCGAGGGCACCAAGGCCGUCACCAAGUACACCAGCUCCAAGUAGACUUGCCAAGUAAGCGCCUUCCUACUCAACCCCAAAGGCUCUUUUCAGAGCCACUAAUCUCCUCUGAAUUAGGGGUGUGCACUCCACCUCGAUUGAGCAGUUAGAUACUACACAACCGACUGGGAAACUAACUUAACUGAAUCGCUUUCCUUUUGACCUUGUUUUUCUACACGUUAUCACUUGUUCUGUUGUAGGGUUGAUCAUUAAAUGGUGUUUGUGUCCUCCUGGCUCCUCUGGCCUCUCUCAGAGGAGGCCAAGUAUUAAAGUUGAGUUUAACAACCUUAAAAAGAAGGGACCAAAUGACUUCCAGUAAACCUGUGUUUUCGCUCAAAUUCUCAACUUCUAUCAUUUUUAUGAUUUAAGUGUUUUCAAAUAUAUAAAUAUGUAGGUAUAUAUUCCUUUGCAUGAGAUAAACUUCAGUACCACUUGACAAAAAAAUUAGCACGUGGUAA